UUCGCACAAAAAUGUAAUGCUCCUGCCAUUAUUCGUCUGGACCCUCUACCUAGUAAUGAAAACGCAUCUCAACGUCUCAACGCUAGCAAUUUACAUUGUUUUAUUUUUUUUUUCAAAGAUAAUGAUGUCGAGUUUUGCGAUAAGCCAGCGUAAACAUAAUUCAAUAUAAUAAGUGAUAAAGGUCUACAUCUUCAUAUUUUCCACUGUCUCAGUUUUAAUUAUUUGCUAUACCAAAAUACAUGUGUGUAAUCGGUUCACCAUGGUAAAACUAACUUAUAGAGGAAUAUGUGCUCCAGUUUUCACAGUUUUUAACACUGACCUGUCUGUCAACACUGCAAUCAUACCAAAAUAUGCAAAGUUUUUGGCAGAUAAUGGGGUGGAUGGUGUCCUGGUGCAUGGUACGACUGGGGAAGGUAUGGCCAUGACGGUAGCUGAGAGAAAAACUGUGGUAGAACAAUGGGUGAAGGCAGUGAAAACGACUAAGCAACACCUUAUGCUACAAGUUGGAGGGUGUCCCUUGCCAGAUGUCUUAGAAUUAACUAGACAUGCAGAGAAGGUUGGCGUUGACUCUCUCUUGUGCUUGCCCGAGUUAUAUUUUAAACCAGCAACGUCCAAGGAACUAAUACAUUAUCUGAAGAUUGUGGGAGAAGCUGCCCCAAAAACUCCAUUACUUUAUUACCAUAUACCAGUUUGGACAGGAGUAAACAUAAAUAUGGGAAAAUGUAUGAAUGAAAUAGUUGGACAAGUGCCCACUUUCCAAGGCAUCAAAUAUACAUCGAAUGAUUUAGAUGGCGCACUUGCAGCUUUGAAGGCAAACAAUGGAAAAUAUGCCGUAUUUUUAGGGGCUGAUACUUUGAUGGCAUCAGCAUUCGCCAUGGGCUUUGACUCUGUCAUAGCUACAACCUUAAACAUAGUACCGCAAUAUGCUGUGAAAAUCAGGGAUGCAAUCAAAAACAACAACGUCACAGAAGCAAGAAAACUGCAGCUGCAACUCAAUGAAAUGUGUGAUAUCAUAACAAAGAACGGUAAUUGGGUACCCACAAUGAAGGCCGCUAUGACGUCCUUGACAGAAUUCAACGUUGGAUCAGCAAGACCUCCGCAGAUGAAUCUUACUGUCGAACAUAUCGAGGAGAUGAAGAGGAGUUUGAAAACGAUUAUGUAAUUUUUUGAGUUAUUUUGGUGUUAAUAAACAUUUGUAAGUAUAAAUAUCUACAAAAUAUUAUUUGAUCAGUGUUUUUGAUCUUAUGCUAACGGUUUACCGUUAUUGCGAUCAAUAACAAGGUAAAGUACAUUUUAAAAAUACAAAAAGCCCGACUGCAGUAACCGGAGGGAACGGUUUUUAAUUGUGCUAUCAAGACACCUCAAAUGUCAAAAUCCAUCAAGCCCUUCGGUUUGUAGCAGUAGGGGAUAUACGCCAAUUUUGAACCUUCCCCUACCCCCUAGAGCCUCCUAUUGUUCUAAGUCCCACCCUUAAAAUGUCAUACCGAUUCUAGACCGCGUUCGCGCUUGGCAAACCUCAACAAAUCAUCAGAAACGUUUAAUUUGGUUUGCGUAUGUUUGCAAGCGCUUGUUGCCGAUCGGCACGGGUAUUACUUUUUCUUACUCAUUCUGGAAAUUAUAUAUGCAAAUUUGUUGAAAAAAACGAUAUUUGUCAUGCCAUUAUAAACAUACUUAUUCCAUACCUGUACCCUUUAAUUUUCCAUAAUCUGAUGACUAUACGACACAUUUUUAUAGAAGCAAACCGAGGAAGAAUAAUUUUCCACAAAAUUGUUUCUAUUACUUUUUUACAUACGACCGAUGGUUUUUGAGAUUUUCAAUCAGGCGCGUUUAUCAAAAUGGCUGCAAAUGCUCCAGCCCAAUCAUGACGCCAAGUUGAACUUAACAUUAGGAAGCAAUAAUCUAACGAUACCACCAAAAAAUUUAGUAGCAUCCAAGUGGAAAGAUUUCCUUAUACAAACUCUCCCUAUAUCUUGGUCUAAAACCCCAGGCCAGAGGUUUUUAUGCUAUAUCGAAUCAUCUAACAUGUUUAUGUAGGAUUAUUUUUUAAUUGCUCUGAUUGUUAUGCCUGUUUCAAAUGAGGUUAGAACAGUAUACUUAGAAACUUUAGCUAAAAGAUGUUGACAUCGUCUAAAUGUGACAUUCAACAUUCGAGUAUUUUUUAUACGGAAAAAAGUAUUCAGCUUUGUAUGAAC